CAAGACUUAAUAAUUGUGGUAUCUUACAUCGACUACGUGAAAAUAGAAGAAAGAAAAUAAAAAGGAGAAAAAUACAAUGGCUGAACGUUUUCCCACACAGGAACAGAGGAUGUCCUCUAAGCGGAAGAGUCCCCCGACGAAACUCUCGACUGACCAAACUUCUUCACAACCACGUGGACGUUGAGAAUAACAACGAUUUAGACUAUGAGAAUAAAGGUCCUCUCAAUGAAGGCCUGCUUAUGAACUCAGCUGGUCGGUCUAAAGCAGAACAGAGAAACGGAGACAUUUUUCAUAGAGUGAGCCUCAUUGACGAAAUGUGUACGCCUGAAAACUACUCAGUUAGUGCUUUUCGACAUCGAGGUGAUGAACCUGAAGCCGAUUCUUGUGACAGUUUAGCGAGUGAUUCUGGCAGUAAAGCCACGCCCACGCUGCUACAUAGCCGGAAACAAAGGUUGUUACAAAGUGUUUUAUCAGCUCGUUCUGAAACCCCAACUGACUCUGAAUACGACUCGGAGGGUGCUUACAGCGAAGGUAAUGAAGCAGUUUCAGCUGAUGGGAGACCCUCAUCGAAAUUGCUAAACCAUUCAUACGUCGGUGAAAGCAGUAAACCCUCUGGUGGCCAUGCUGGAAAACGGACGAUGGACGAUGUUUUGAAAAGAUUAACAUCUAAAAUGAGUGCUAAUGCGUCACAAGAUGAAUACAGUUUAAGUGUAAAUAUUGGGAAAAGUACAGAGGCACCACCUUCAAGCAUCCUUUCAGAGGAGAGAAGAACGUCCGACGAUCCUCCAAGUAAUCACACCGAAGGAAUUUACCGCCCUCAGGUGGACAUGGAAAAUGAUGUUUUAUGCAGCCGUUUGCCGGAAGACAGCCUAACAGUAAAAGAACGCCGUUUAACGGAGAUGAUCCAACAGCUACAGGAGCUCAGAAGUCAGUUGAUAGUACAGCAGAGUCAGAUUCAUGUUGAGAGCAACAGAAAUGGCGACGAAAUCCAGCGAAGGCAACAAGAGCAAAUCCAACGACAGCAGGAGCAGCUAGCUGAACAGCAACAAAAGAUUCAGGAGUUACAGGUUCGACUUAGUGGUCAGUACUUGGCUGCAUCAAAGAAUUUAUCCAGUAUACCUGAACUAACCACAGGCAUCAUUCCUCAAGGCCUCAUGUUUCUUCCUGUCUUUGAAGGAGGCUUUCCUAGUGGGCCAGGCCUACUCCACCCCGAUGCACCAGUUCCGGGGAUAAGUAAUCCGGUGACUACAGUUAUUUCUCCCAUGCCUGUGCCAUCACUACCACGCAGCUCCUCCACGCAACAGUCGCCCAACAUAACAACAAGCAUAUCGCCAGCCGGUUUACCGUCUUCGUCAUUCCUGUCUCAACUUCAACCCUGGAUGUCAGGAGCUCUGCCAGGUGUUCCGACCUAUAACUCACCCAAUAACUCUGUGCAUUUCACAUCCGAGAAACCCAGCCCCGCAUCGACAAACAACCAUGUCAGUACUCCAACCCCGAGGUCUACAGACCCAACAAUCCCAGAUUACGAGGUGCCAUUGAACUUAAGCAAACCGAAAUCCUGCGGUAGCAACACAAGCAGUGUCAGUUGCAGCCCAACGCCUCAACUUAACGUUAAACAAGAAAUACGAGAAAAUGUACAGUCUCCAAACCUAGGCAAAUGGCGUGCCCCAAGUCAGAACAACAACCAAGUGACUUCUUCGUUCAUUUCACCCUCAAUCCACGUGUCUAGUGUAGCAAGUCUACUUGGGGCGGUAGCCCCUAGUAGUGUGUCGGUGGCAACUUCGCCGUUUUUUCAUAGAACAAAUUCUUAUGGCAUACUUCCUCCACACUUGAGACCGGCGUCACAUUUACCGCUAGGUGGAUUUGUUGGUCAUCCUGGUACCUUGUUGGGAAAAGGAGUUCCAACCACAACACUUGGCUUAGGACAGUCUUCCCCUACUGGUCUGACUUUCACAGGAGGUGACAAACAGUUCCCUCUCCAGAUGUACCUGACUUCUCAGAACACGGGCACGUUUUCUGCUUCAUCCUGUAAUUCCAAAAUUGACACACACAAUACACUCUCGAACGAAGAGGACAAGAAAGGCGAGACUGUUAUUACCUAUCAGGGUAAACUACUGGGAGCCAAGAUUAUUCGCCAGGCUAAGAAGGACUCGGAGGGGAGGCCUCACAUCAAACGCCCUAUGAAUGCCUUCAUGGUGUGGGCCAAGGAUGAAAGAAGAAAAAUUCUUAAGGCUUGUCCUGAUAUGCACAAUUCCAAUAUCUCUAAAAUACUUGGAGCUAGAUGGAAGGCUAUGUCGAAUACUGAAAAACAACCUUACUAUGAGGAACAAUCUCGACUCAGUAAACUGCACAUGGAAAAGCACCCGAACUAUCGCUACAGGCCACGUCCGAAACGAACGUGUAUUGUGGAUGGAAAAAAACUCCGUAUUUCUGAGUACAAACAAAUUAUGAGGCAACGUCGACAAGAAAUGAGAAACUUGUGGUAUCGAGAUAGUCCUUUGAGUCUCCUUGAUUCGCCAACAUUGGUUAGCCCCACAAGUAUGGCUUCACUACUUAGCAGCCCGACCAACUCAAGCGAGCAGCUACAAUCACUGACAUCCAAGUUUUCUGGGGCUACAAAUGGAUUACACGAUACUUUAACCAUGACCAUCCCGGCCUCCACCAGCUCUUCUCCAGGCUAUAUUGCGAUGGUAACAGAAAGUACAUUUUCAACAGACUCUAUCUUGCACGAACCUCCCAUCAGCUCCAUGGAAACAUCAACAUGAGAUUUGUUCACUCUUUUUUUAUUUCUCAGUAUUGUUAGAUUCAGGUGUUCCGUGCGGGAACAAAUUGUGUUUUAGACAUUGAAAUGAUAUGGCCAGUGUAAAGUAAUCAGGCAUUAAUUUCAUUCUUGGGUCCAUACAUGAUAGGCUUGUAAAUUACGAUCAAAUAUUAUGUUGACUCGGUUCAAAGUUUCCUGUCAGCAUAAAUUUACAACUAUUAAAUCUCAGGAGAAAAGCUGUUGUGCUCAAAGAAGCGCACAUCCUGUAUGUUGUUUCUGUUUGAAUAUUUGACACUCGACGUGUAUCUGACCCUUUUGUGUACGUUGAUGAGAGAACAGUAACACUAAAAUUUUGCGUAAAAUGCUGUUAACUACUGAAUGGUGUUCCGUAAAGAUUGUUUUUGUUUUACCGAAAGUUAAAUCAUGUAAUCAGAAUUAUAAGAAGCGACCAACAGUUAACUUUAAAGUUGUAAGAGUUCUGACGAAACAUUUAGGCAGGGCCGGCGUCAGACUAUUUUGCGCCCUAGGCAAGGCCAGCUACUUGCACCCCCCCCCAAAAAAAGCCAACAGAUGUUUUGUAGAAAAAAUAAAAAGCACAAAACUUUUAUUAUGUUUUUCUUAAAACAACUAAUUUGUAUAAAACUGUGACCCUUAAAGGUCAGUACUGCGCCCCUCUGAGGUCUGAGCCCUAGGCGGCUGCCUAGAUGGCCUAAUGGUAGCGCUGGCCCUGGAUUUAGGUAAGUAUUGUGUGUUUAUUUUACAUGCUCAAAAAUAUUUACCCAUUCUCUAGUCUGUGAUUGUGUCUUGUGAGAGACACCUGGUGUCUGUUUUGUAUCAGUAUUUGAAUUCUAUAGGACAAAGCUUUCAGUGGCUAACUUUAGCUGUGUUGUUAUUCUAUUCUUCACAUUUGGUAGUCGAAUGUAUGUAUUGGAGUCCUAUAAGAAAAUUAUAUUCAAUAUUUUGCACAGGACGUAUUAAAAGUUAUUUCAAAAAAAGAUGCCAAAAACUCUAUCGUCGUUUGACUACACCUUGUUGUACGGCUAUCUUUGUAUUUCUGACGCUAAAGAUGGCACAUUCAUUCACAGAUAGGACUAAUGCCUGUCCGCAACCAUAAACUACCUGUUUUGGUUUUGUAAAAUUUUAUUCUUUGUCAUAGGUUACAUCAGUGGAAAUGAUACUUUUAAUCUGAAGAAAUACGGUAGUCCAAGAGCAAGAACUAGGCUGAAUCCUACUAGGGCAUUGAAUAACUUUAUUUUAUUGUGUUUUCUACCUGUGGUAAACAUAUUUUGUAAUUUCAUUAGCUUAGAUUGACUAUGGUGAAUACAUACAAUGCAAUGAUGCUGAGAAAUUUCAUACCGGUUAUGAAUUUAAUAGAAAAGUGUAGAGAGUUUAGAUUACAAGUCUGGAAUUGUUUCCAUAAGCGACCUGAUAACUUUAAGCAUGAGAAGUAGAUGGGUAUACGUGCCAUAUUCGUCUCACUUAGGUUCCUAACACCCAUAGAAUAGCAAUUAGUCUAUCAAACAAGAUGGUCUUUAGAGUUCUCAAACCUUACUUAUCAUAACAAUCAUUUUUUUAGCGUGCAAGUGACACAGUAAGACGUGUAUCAGGUAACAAGAUUACUGUUUUAUAUAUUUACUUAUUAAGCGAAACCGACUGGCUUCUGUUCAAGAAAUGGUCGCGGAUACAUUCUGGUCAUUGAGGGCAGAAAAAAGUUACAUUUCACACUAAUAAACGUAUUUUCAUGUGACUUUAAUGAGCCAUGAUUUUGAGGGUUUAGGUGGCUUUCUUCAGUUUUGUUGUGUAGUUUCACGUCAUGUGAAAUGUAUUCAUUGCUCAAAUAGUUUAGUUUUUCGUUAAUUCACUCAGUAUAUUUUAACACCAUUUUUUAUUUACUUUAUUAUUUUUUUCUUGUUAAACUUUUCGUUAAAAAGAACCUAGGUGGACAUAACAUGAUACCUGUUUUCUCUUUUAUCUUCAUUCCAUCUAAAAAUUUCAAUAUUUUGAUCUAAUCAAACCAUAAUUAUUGAUUUGUUUUACGUUCUUUGAUGUUUAAGAAAACAAAUUAAAUUGAUUUCAAUAGAAAGUUAUUUUCAAAACGUCAUAUUAGCUUCAUUUACAUGAAUUUCAUUGAUUUUUUUUACUAAAAUGACCAGUAAUUUUGGGUCUUACAUAACAAGAUGUAUUAUUUACAUUUUUGUUUAACUGGGCAUUUUGGUGUAUGUUGGUCCUGUAGCUAAUUUCAACCCAGAGGCCAGUUUCCAUAUUGCUGGUGUAUGGUAGUAACAUAGUAACCUAUUCGCAUUUUCGGUGGUUUUGAUGGUGAGGAACGAAAAAAAAUGUUAUAAUGUUCAGCCUUUUUAUGUACACGCAGAAAAUUGAGGAAAAUACAAUAUUUUUUGUCUGUAAAUAAAUCUUGAGGUUUUCCAUAAUCCAUCAAAACAAUAGAACAUCUUAAUUGGCCAAAAUCUUGUUCUCUUUCUCACCAUAAGCUGUCUCAUUCUUAAUGUCAUAUCUGGGAGACUUAUCAUGUGUACAUUUUAGUGAAUAUUAAAGUAUCUUGUUGAGUCAUUAG